AUGGGCACAAAUUCAUCAUACCUUGAUCAAAAACUAGCACAACACCCAGCAACAAAGAUUUUGGCGGUACAAAUCACGAACGAAUCGACAGAGCUAGACACAGUCACAUAUGAUGACAGAGCUAAUGAUAAUAUCCAGACAUUAGAAGGGAGACUGAGACGCAUCACGCAAGAACAGAACGAAUAUUACGCCAGUCUUACCAGUCGUCUCGAUACAUCAUUUGUGAAAUUCAAAAACGCCGGAAGUUCGAAGUCCAACAACAGCCUAUGCGCUAUUCCACUGCAGGCUAUAUACGACGAUAAUCAGCGUUGA